ACUACCACUCCAACGAACCGUGGCGACAUUAUUCAGCUGCCAGUCCAACAAUGGCUACAGCACACUGCUGCCGCACUGUUGAGGUUGGUAUGUUGCUUGUGGCCUUUAUUAUUCGCCUCUAGCUACAAGGAGCCGUGAUUCCUCGGCCUUGUCCAUCUAGCAUCCGCCCCCUUGCCCCUAACCAUUCUGCCCUCCGCUCCCAACUCUGCCGCGGGAAGCUUUGGUUUGCCAUGGCGGGUAAGACGGUGCUGCUCUACCCUUGCCCUGAGCUGGGCCACAUCAACCCCAUGGUGCAGAUCGCCAAGGCGCUCGUCCGCCGCGGCGCCUCCGUCACUCUCGCCGUCGCCGACCCGCCCGACAAGGGGGCCGUGCUGGCUGACGUGAUUGCCGGCGUCGCCGCCGCGUGCUCGUCCAUCGGUGUGCGCCUCCUUCCCAUCCCGUCCCGUGAGGACAAGGCGUACUCCCACCCGGUCAUGUGGAUCGUCGACGCGGUCCGCCUCGCCAACCCUGCGCUCCGUGAGCUCAUGCGCUCGCUCCCGGCCGUCGACGCCCUCGUGGUCGAUAUGUUCUGCAUCGACGCGCUCGACAUCGCCACCGAGCUCGCCGUCCCGGCGUACGUCUUCUACCCGUCCGCGGCUGGCGACCUCGUCAUCUACCUCCAGGUUCCGUAUGUCGCCAGCUCGGCCCCAUCCUCGUUCAAGGACAUGGGCGACACGGUUCUCAAGUUCUCCGGUGUGCCGCCGGUCCGCGCGCUGGACAUGCCGGACACCAUGGAAGACAGGGAGCGCGACGUGGGCAGGGCCAGGAUUCAGCACUGCUCCCGGAUGCCUGAAGCGAGAGGCAUUCUGGUGAACAGCUUCGAGUGGCUGGAGGCGAGGGCCCUGGAGGCGAUCCGCGGCGGACACUGCCUUCCGACCGGCCGCUCGGCGCCGGAGAUCUACUGCGUUGGGCCGCUGGUAGAUGGCGGCAAGAUCGGGGAGAGCGGCGGGCGGUACGAGUGCCUCGAGUGGCUGGACAGCCAGCCAAAGCAGAGCGUGGUGUUCCUCUGCUUCGGCAGCAGAGGAACCUUCUCGAUGGCGCAGCUGAGCGAGAUGGCUCGGGGCAUAGAGGAUUCCGGGCACCGGUUCCUGUGGGCAGUGCGGAACCCACCGGGUCACCGGAGCAAGCUCGCCGAGGUGGACCUGGAACCGUUGCUUCCAGAAGGGUUCUUGGAGAGAACCAAAGGCAGGGGACUCGUUCUGAAGAACUGGGCGCCGCAGUCAGAGGUGCUGCAGCACGGCGCCGUCGGCGCGUUCGUGACGCACUGCGGGUGGAACUCGUCGCUGGAGGCGAUCAUGUCCGGCGUGCCGAUGGUCUGCUGGCCGCUGUACGCGGAGCAGAGGCUGAACAAGGUGCACUUGGUGGAGGAGAUCAAGGUCGGGGUCGUCGUGGAGGGCUACGACGGCGAGCUGGUGAAGGCCGACGAGCUGGAGGCCAAGGUGCGACUGGUGAUGGAGUCGGAGGAAGGGAAGAGGCUCAGGGAGAGGUCGGCGACGGCCAAGGUGAUGGCUGCUGAUGCUGUCAAAGACGGGGGUUCGUCUGACCUGGCGUUGGCUGAAUUCCUGAACAAUUUGGGGACGAAAUAAUGUUCUUUUAGCUGGACAGUUCUUCAGCACAUAGCAUAUUUCAUCAGAUUGUGUAGUUGUUGCUGUCAUAUUGCGGCCGGUUGCUUGCACGAGACUACUGUCCCUUCGUAUAUGCACGGUGCGGGCAUCCCUCGAGGGACAAAAAUCCACCACCACUCCUGUGCACCUAUGGAAUAAUAAAGCGCAUCUCAUGGACACUGAGGUGCGGACAUCCUUACAUUGCA